AUGCCUAAAACGCACGAUGGCACUGCAGGCAUCAUCAACCAGUUUCAGAAAGCAAAAUUUGACAGCGCAACAUGCUGUAAUUUCGAAUUCAAGAAAUUUCCAUUUCUCGACAGGCAUCGCUGGACAUCCGCAAAGAUGAACAACUGCGACAAUGGGCUAGACACCGUGGAUGACCCACCACCACUGGACAUGUGCCACUGGCCGGGCAUCACCGAUGAGCAGCGCGAUGAACAACAGGAUUUGCUUGACCCGUUGAGCAGCGACAGGCCUGCUACAAGCUGUUCUUUCUCUGCCGCUCAAUGGCGCGCAUAA